UCCAUUUUGUACCAUUGGUGACGUUCUCAUUUCAAGUAAGUCCGUUCUUUUUGUUGCAAACAUGUGCAUAACUUUCAACAUACCGUCGAAUGUGAGGGAGAAGAUUGCAAUUACGAUUUGUAUACUCAAUAGUUUGAUCGCUUUAUUUGGAAUAGCUCUUAUUGGCAUGGCAGUAUACAUGAAGAUAAACAUUGACUCUAGAAUGAUGUUGCUGGAUGGAUAUGACACCGAUGUUCUGCCAUAUUUUCUACUUGCAGUUGGAAUCAAAGUGGUUAUUUUACAUAUUGUAACCUUUAAGAUUGUAUACGAUUGUUCGACUUCUGAGAUGAGUGGGCGAUGUGUGAACUUUCUCUUUCUUGCGGUUAUACUGUCAUUUAUUUUAGUCUGGUUCCUACUGGCGGGGGGUCUGAUGUGUUUCACUCAUCGUUCUGUUAUCGAGGAGUCCUUGCAGAAUGGUCUGGGCUACGUAAUGAAACGGUACAAAACGGAUAUGUUCGUGAAGGUGACCUUGGAUAAACUACAACAGGAAUAUCACUGUUGUGGCAGCAAUGGCUACAGUGAUUGGUUUGACGUCAACUGGGUCAAUGAAGAAUUCCUGAACACCAAACACCCAGACAUUAUACGGAAGCUGAAGGGGGGUUUAUUCUACUCGGACGAUGUUCCCUACAGUUGUUGUGACGUAACAUCACCCCGUCCAUGUGUCCAUCAUGCUGUCAAGGACAAAUCGAUGCACGUGCACUACGGAAGUGUAACUCUGUACCAAUCCGGCUGUUCCAACGUCCUGAUGGAUUUCUUUGAAAACAGAAUCCUUGUACCGACAGGAUGGUCAGUCAUCUCGGCUUUCCUUUUACAGUUCGUGACGUUGGUGUUGAUGCGAUACCUGCAGACUUCCAUGGCGGAUGCACGUGACAUGGAGGAUCCCGAGGGGGAAGGGGCGGGGUACUGCUGUCCAGGCUGUCCGUGUGACUGCUGCUCUCCCGGGGACCCCAUGAAAUAUGUCAAACCGAAGAGGUGUUCCAGCGAUGACAUAGAAGAUGGAAAGGGUGGAACUGCCCCAGAGUUUGACUUUGAGGAUAGUAGUGGGAAGAGGCGUUCCAGCUAUGACGUAGAAAAUGGAAUGGGUGGAACUGCCCCGGAGUUUGACUUUGAGGAUAGUAGCGGGAAGAGGCGUUCCAACUAUGACGUAGAAGAUGGAAUGGGUGGAACUGCCCCGGAGUUUGACUUUGAGGAUAGUAGCGGUAGGGACAAUUCGACGGACAAGAACAAAGAAGACAAGAGGAACAGAAGAAAGGACAAAAAGGACAAAAAAGAAAAGGACAAAAAGGACAAAAAAGGAAAUGACAAAAAGGACAAAAAGGAUAAAAAGGACAAAACUAGAAAGGACAAAUCCAAUGAACGUAAGGAUAAAUCCAAGGAACGUAAGGAUAAAUCCAAGGAACGUAAGGAUAAAAAAUCUAAAACUGUGAGUAAAAAAUCACCUACUAAAGGGAAAGGUUCGCCCAAAUCGAAAAUGUCUCCCGGGAAGAAAACUUCGCCAAAAGCUAAGAAAUCGCCAAAGAGGUCUCCCAAAAGAUCUCCCAAACGGUCUCCUAAAAGAUCUCCAAAAAGGUCUCCCAAAAGAUCUCCCAAAAGGUCUCCCAAAAGAUCUCCCAAGAGGUCUCCCAAAAGAUCACUUAAGAAACCAAAGUCACCAAGGAGAAUGAAAGCGCGCAGAAGGUAGACGGACAUGUCAACGCAUAUUAACUUCGGAUUGAAUUGCCCCUCGCCUUCAAAUGUCCUUAAAUUGUGUCGGAUAACCUUCCAGAGCAAACAUUUAUACUGUGUGAUUACUUAUGUAGAAUAGACUUAGUAUGACAUGAUGUAACUGUUUUGCUUGGCCUGUUGUUUACACAAUAAUGUCAGUACACUAUGUACAUUUGUACACUUAGUUGUAACAAGUUUUCUGGUCACGUUUCCCGAUUAAAUUUAGUCUCCGGUUAACACAAACAACUUAUUUUAAACCUUUAAACUGUAUCAAACAAUUUCUGGCAACAAUACAAAUGAUAUGAUUCGUGCUAUUCUCGCAAACCAUGUUCAUAAAACAAUAAAACAAUCGUAUUUGUUUUAUAUCGUAAGAAACUAUAAAUUCAACUUAUUGUUCAAGAAUUAAGAAAAUCGAUGCUUUAAGACCAUUAUUAGUCGAAUAAAGAGAGUUAUGUAUUA